AUGCUCCACGAAAUCCUCCUCGCACUCUCCGGCCACCCCUCCCCUCUCCUCCGGACCGACAACCCCGACCCAAAUGCGCUUUCGACGGCUGUCUCACCCCCGGAGCGCGAGCUCUUAGCCACCGCCGGCCACCUCAGCGAUCUCCACGUUAAGCUGCAGGGCUAUACGGCCCCCAUCGCCGCCGAGCACCCUUCCACCAUCUGCCGCGCUGUCGCCACCGCCGUGCAGUCCGUCCACCUUGCCGCCUUUCAGCGCAAGGUCCUCGAGGUCGAGGAGACGAUCCUCCGCAGGGAUUCGAGCCUUGUUGGCGCCUACAACAUUGUACCCCUGACCGCCGUCGUCGGGGAGUUCUCCGAGUGGACGCGGCGGAUGGAGUGGCUGUGGGAGAUUGUCCAGUUUAUGCUGAAGAAGCAGCAAGGGCAAACGUGUCGCGGCGCUCACCUCAUCGAUCGGUUGCGGGGCGAGCUGCAGAGUGGGUACGUAGACAUCGAGCGGACGGCCAUGAGCCUUGUCUCUGUCGCCGAGACGGCGUGGUUGAAGCAGGUGUCUGCAUGGAUACUCUAUGGGCGUCUGCCGUCGUUCGGAGGCGACGACUUUUUCGUCCAGAAGAUGGACACCGGUGACCAGGAUUACGUUUCAGUGCCGGCCCUGCUGCCCAAAUUUGUCACUCCGGUGGUCGCGUCGUCGAUGCUGUUCAUCGGCAGGUCGUUGAACCAUGUUCGCGUCAAAGGCAGUGUGGAAUCAGGACUGCAAGGCCUUGACCACUUGUCAUCUCAGCUCAAAGAGCUAUCCGCCCUGACCUACCCCCUCAACACAGCCAGCUUCUCGCGCGCAAUAACAUCCGUUCGGCUCACCCUCUCGCGCACAAUAUUGCUGAAAUUGCUACCCCUCACCAAGGUCGUUGAGGCUCUCCAGAUUCUGCGCGAGUUCUUCCUCUUGGGCCGCGGCGAGUUCGCCAUGGCUUUGACCCAGCAAGCAGACGAGAAACUGCGCAGCCGGUGGAAACGGUCGGAUAACCUCGCGUAUGAGAAGCGCGAAGGGUUGGGCACUUUCGCGGUCAAGGAGGGUGAGGCUGCGGCAGUGCUGGCCAAAACGUGGGCGGCGAUGGGCCUGAUGCAGGGCCAGCACGCAGACGAAGAUGAGGGCUUGGAAAUUGCGCGCGAACUGCUGCGGCUAAAUCUUACCAAGUCCAAACCGGCGGUUCCUAUAAAGCUCGAAGCUAGUGUAUCACGGCCGACAGCCAAGACCCUGGCCACGACUCCCUUUCGCAACCUCCUGCUCUCCAUCCCAGUCGUUUUGACUAUGCAGAUUCCCUCGCCGCUCGACAUGUUUCUCACCCCCUCCGACCUUCAGAUCUACUCCACCAUAAACUCUUACCUCUUAUCCAUCCGUCGAGCACACAUACGUCUCACCGAGCUGUGGAAGAUCACAUCUCUACGUCGUCACCAUCCGGCACCGCCGUCACCUCCCGCCGGAAGCACUAGAGUCGGCCGUGCCAAGGUGAUUUUGCUUCGCCAACGCUACGCGACGCGGUCCAACGCCUUGCGCAGUGCGUGGGUAACCUGCAGCACAGCGCUUUUCUUCCUCUCCGAGACGGAGGCAUACUUGCAGACCGAGGUUGUGGCAGGGCUGUGGGAUGGUUUCCACGCCUGGUUGACGUCGAGCGAGAAGGAGAACAGCCAUGCGGCCGCUGCGUCUGGCGCAUCAAUCAAAGCGGCCGCAAAGCCUGCAACGGAAGACGAGGAAGGGGACGGAGAUGACGACAUUUGGCUUGCACAGAGCGCAUCUGACAACAAACCAGCCGCCAAACCAAUAGACUCGAACCCAACACACGACCCUCAAAGUCUAGCCACCGCCCACCGGGCCUACCUUCGCGCCCUCUCCACCCGCCUCCUGCUCACAUUCCCCUCCUACACGGACCCGCUGUAUAACCUUCUCACUCACACCGACCACCUUGUCGCCCUGACACAGCGCCUCCACGCGGUAUGGACGUCGAUGGACCUUGAAGCAGACGCCGGUGUCGUCGACGCGUUUGUGGACCUCGAGAUCGAGGAGACGGAGGUGCGCUCCGCGAUCCGGGACGUGGAGAAGCACGUCAAGGACGGCAUCAGGGAUGUCAUCGCCGCGUUGCGGUCGCUUGAGGCGGACCCGGCCGCGUUCGCGGACGAGGAGGAGGGCGGAGAGGAGGGUGUGUUAAGGGAAGAAGGGGAGUACGUGCCGCGCAGGGUUGGCGGCGUGGAGAGGCUGCUGAUGAAGCUCGACCUGGCUGGGUGGUUUGGCGAGAGGAAGGAUGAUUUCGGGUUUGUGUUUAGCGAAUAUUGA